AUGCAUGCCAGAAACCCCCAUUCUCCUUUUCAAAGACUACAUAUGAUGGAUUGCGAUCUUUCAGCUCAGCAGGACACAGGGACCAUGCAAGCUGUAAUUGGUCAGGAUCCAAUGAUAGCUGGACAAGUCAGUAAGCCCUUGCUGUCACUGCGGAGUGAAAUGAAUGCAGAGUUGAGAGGUGAGGACAAGGCAGCUACUUCAGACAACGAGCUGAAUGAGCCCUUGCUUGCGCCUGUGGAAUCAAAUGACAGCGAGGACACUCCCAGCAAGCUCUUCGAGGCCAGAGGAAACACAGUGCUGCCUGAUACAAGCCCAGCAGACCAGCACCAACCCAGUCAGUCCCAUCCUGCAUUCCCUGUUGGGCCUCAGCCACUACUGACAGCCCAACAGUUAGCCUCAGCAGUAGCAGGGGUGAUGCCAGGAGGCACUCCAGCCCUGAAUCAGCCAAUCCUUAUUCCUUUCAACAUGGCUGGGCAGCUGGGGGGCCAACAAGGACUCGUCCUGACUCUACCUACAGCAAAUCUCACCAACAUCCAAGGACUGGUAGCAGCGGCUGCAGCAGGAGGCAUCAUGACUUUGCCAUUGCAAAAUCUACAAGCUACCUCAUCCCUGAACUCCCAGCUUCAACAGCUUCAGCAUCUUCAGCAGCUCCAGCAUCAACAGCAGCAGCAGCAGCAGCAAAGCCAGCAGCAGCAGCAAGCUCAGCAGGCACAGACUCCACAGCCAGCCCAGCAGAGCCAGCAAUCACAGCCACAGCCAUCAGCACCACCACAGCAGAACCAAACACAGCCCCAGAGCCAGAGCCAGCCUCCUCCAGCCUCACAGUCCUCCAGCUCCCCUCAGAAACCCAGCCAGUCACCAGGGCAUGGCCUUCCAUCUCCUCUUACUUCACCAAAUCCAUUGCAGCUGGUUAAUAAUCCACUAGCAAGUCAAGCAGCAGCAGCUGCAGCAGCAGCAGCCAUGGGCUCCAUAGCAAACUCCCAGGCCUUUGGAAACGCCCUCUCCAGCCUUCAGGGGGUCACAGGCCAGCUCGUCACUAAUGCACAAGGACAGAUUAUUGGAACAAUCCCACUGAUGCCUAAUCCAGUCCCGUCCAGCCAGGCGGCAGGUGGAGCUCAGGGACUUCAGGUGCAGCCGAUAACUCCACAGUUAUUGACCAAUGCCCAGGGCCAGAUCAUCGCCACUGUCAUCGGCAACCAGAUACUGCCAGUGAUCAAUACCCAGGGAAUAACACUAUCGCCGCUCAAACCAGGCCAGCAGCUCCAUCAGCCUUCCCAGACGCAAGUGGGACAAGCAGCUUCACAAUCCAAUCUCCUGCAUUUGGCUCACAGUCAAGCAUCUAUGUCUCAAAGCCCAGUGCGUCAGGCUUCCUCUUCUUCCUCCUCAUCUUCCUCCUCUUCAGCUUUGAGUGUUGGCCAGUUAGUCAGCAAUCCUCAGACAGCCACUGGAGAAGUGGAUGGGGUAAAUCUGGAAGAAAUAAGAGAAUUUGCCAAAGCUUUUAAAAUCCGGCGCCUUUCCCUUGGCCUGACACAGACUCAAGUUGGCCAAGCCCUGAGCGCCACCGAAGGCCCAGCCUAUAGCCAGUCUGCCAUCUGCAGACACACCAUCCUGAGAAGCCACUUUUUCCUACCACAGGAAGCCCAAGAGAACACUAUAGCUAGCAGUCUGACAGCCAAACUGAACCCUGGCCUUUUGUAUCCUGCCAGGUUUGAAAAGCUGGACAUCACCCCUAAAAGUGCCCAGAAGAUAAAGCCGGUGCUUGAGCGGUGGAUGGCUGAGGCUGAGGCCCGCCAUCGAGCAGGGAUGCAGAACCUUACCGAGUUUAUUGGGAGCGAACCAUCCAAAAAGCGCAAGCGGCGUACCUCAUUCACGCCACAAGCCCUUGAAAUCUUGAAUGCCCACUUUGAGAAGAACACGCAUCCCUCUGGGCAGGAAAUGACAGAGAUUGCAGAGAAACUGAACUAUGACCGGGAAGUAGUUAGAGUUUGGUUCUGCAAUAAGAGGCAAGCACUGAAGAACACAAUUAAACGUUUGAAACAACACGAGCCUGCAACAGCAGUUCCUAUGGAGCCUUUAACAGACUCUCUGGAAGAAAACUCCUAAGAGCAAAACAAAAAAAGCCAAAUCACACAGAAAAAAAAACCCCACCCCAACUGAAACGUGUCCAUUUGAACUUUGUGAAAAUACCUAUUCAUCACCCUUGUAAGUAAAAGACUGAGAAAACUACAAGAAGGACAGAACAGUUUAUAAAUGUCCGUGGGUUUUCCUAUUAAAAAAAAAAAAAAACUUGAAACAAAAAAAAAUACAC